AUGUCUUCUCCUUUGUCUGUGAUAAAAAAGGCUGCCUUUCCAUACCGCUUGCCGCUCGAAACCGGCGCCCCGCUCGCGCCUCGCGCCUGGCGCCAGCACAUCCGGCAGACGUUGCAGAAAGCCCAGGAGAUCACUCAGGUGAUCUCUGAGGCUGAGAGCAUUGCUGACGACGCCACCAAGUUCUGCGAGGCCAUCCAGGCGCAGCACAACGUGCAGUCGAAGAAGCUUGCCCUUACUGGCAAGGCCGCACCGGUCCCACCGCUGGCGGACUCCCUGACUCGGGAAAUCCAAGCUUCGGUGGUCUGCGGCUCGGAGCGUUUCGAGUCCAGAUGCGGUCUCAGCGACGAGGAACACGAUUUGGUUUCACCCGGGCAGCAGAAGCCCUGCGCCCUCACGGUCUGGUACACGAUGUUCCGCCUUCUUUUCGCACUUGCCUUGGGCGCCUCUGCAAACCUGGAGGCGGUCUUGGAGCAAGACUCCGAAUGCGUCGGUGAGACCUGCGCGCUGAAUGCGGUCCAGCUCCGCGGCGACAAGGCGGAGGCGGCGGAGGGGACGCAGAGUGAGGAUGAAGAAGCCGGGCCGGUCCAUUGCAUUUGCAGAGACAGCGAGCAGAAGUACUACUGCGCUCAGUCCUUCGCGGGUUACACCAAGUGCUAUGCCCCUUGCCCCGACGCUUGUAGGCAAACAGGCGGUACGGAGUUCAUGUGCGGCGGCAAGCAUGAGAACGUGUGGCUGGACCGCUACUUCAAGGGUGAGGAGGAGGCAAGUAUGAAGUGCAAGCUGGACACCAAGUGA